GAGAGCUCCCUCACUUCAGUCUUUUUGAAGCUAGAGGCGAUUCACCCUCUCUCUCGAGAACACUGAGUUGAGCUCUCUCGUGUAUUUCAUGGCGCUCUCUGCAAUAAACCCUUUCUCUUCCCCCUUCAAAAGCCUAAUUCACGCCCCCCAUUCAUGCGGAAAUAACUCCCUUAACAAUCUCAGACUUCUGAUAAACCCCAGAGCUUCAAACCACCGUGGCUCAAGCGGCAUUAAAGUUGGCGAGGGAGCUCUAGAAAAAGGAGCAAAUCCUAGACAAGCUCAGAGCUAUGUUACCCAUGAGGAUUCAGAGGAUGAGGGCCUGAUAGCUUCUGCCAUGGCAGCUGCUUCUGUUAUUCGCAAGGCUUCGAAAUCCCCUGUGGAAUUCAUCCAGAGGACUGAGAAGCCGUCAAAGAAUGAAUUAAUGGUUUCACCUAGUGAGGAUUUUCAGAGGCUUUGUAUUGAGCAGCUUGGUUUGUUCAGGAGAAUCGUGGGUCGAGAUGUCGUGUUGUCUGUCUAUGUACGGCCUGCCGGUAGCUAUGUGAUGGAACGAUUAGAGCUACACCGAGUCAUGUUGUACCCUAAGAUGAACUUAGAUGAAAAGGCUGACAUUGUGGUCAUAAUUGGUACCUUUGGUCUUCCAAGUGGACUACAAACAGCUGAAGCGGCACUUUCUAAUCAACAAGUGGAAGAAAUUCCAGAAUGUAGAGCUUUUGUGUUGCCCAUGAUGAAAGAUCCUUUUCUUGUGGGACUGCUUGUUGCUGAAUUUCCAGUGAUGGAACUGGGAACAUACGUGGCGGAACAUACAUAUGAUUCACAACUAUCUAUCGGUUCUCCCAAUGAGGAAACUGAUGGCUUACCUUUGUGGACUGAUGAAAACCGAUUAGAGGUGGGGCCUUUUGAUAAGGACUCUGUGAGAGGCUUUCAUCUAUUCACUGCUGAACAAAUUUCAGCAGCUGUUGGAGUAUCUCGUUCUUUGGCGGUGGCUUACGUCAUGGAUCAGAAAGCGGUGUUACUUCAGCAAUCUUCUUGGCAACAUAAUGUUAGAAUGAGCAAUCUAAUUGAACAAAUACGUGAUUCUCUUUCUAGCAUCAGGAUUCUUGGCAAUAUGUUGUCGGUUCAGUUAAAGAAGAGUGAGAUCUCAUAUGAUGUAGUGGAGGACAUACUUGUACAAGGUGAUCGUAUGAAAGAUACGUUAAAACAGCUCCAGGAUGCUGUCUAUCUCACAAAGGCUAACAUUGUACGUUUUAAUGAAGACAUGCUGAGUAAAGUGCAAAGAAUUCAUUCAAACUUUGGCCAUCCAGAAAUCGGGUAUUCUUACUCAGGUGAUAUCCUUUCAAGUAAUAGUACGGAUCAUGCUAGUAAAAAGAAAGGAAUGGAUUAUACAUUUCCUCCGAGUUCUGAAUUGAAAGAUUUUGAGAUCCCAAUGCCACCUCUUGCUCUUGCUGCUUUACAACAACACAAAAUUAGACCUUGCAAUGUCUCCAAGGUGUUGGCAGAACUGGUAGGGGCUGCAGAUCUCUUAGUUAAGAUGCAGCAGCGAUCUCUGCUCCUAAGAGAAUUCUCAAUGCCAUUGGAGGCUGCCAUUGAAGAAUCUGCUCUUCACCAGGCUCUGAGCAAUUUGGUCGAGGGCGCAUUGUUGCGUACACAAGUUGGUGGCAAGGUUGAAAUCAUAGCCAUUGAAGCACCAGGGGGUGGGGUUCUAAUUGUUCUUGAUGACGAUGGACCUGAUAUGCAUUACAUGACCCAGAUGCAUUCUCUUGCACCCUUUGGAGCAGAGCUCUCAUCUGUAGGCAAGGUCGAGGAUAGCAUCACUUGGAACUUUGUGGCAGGACUAACCGUGGCUCGUGAGAUACUUGAGAGUUAUGGUUCAGUUGUUCGAGUUACUUCACCUCGUUUACCUAAUGCUAUUCUUGGAGCAGGAGGAACAAGGAUAGAGUUAUGGUUACCUGCUGUUCCAUCUGAUUUCACGGGGUUUUCUCGACCAGAAAAGCAACAAGAUGCCUAAUUUUGAAAUUAGAAACCAACUGCAUUUUCCUACCCUGAAGUCACUACAGGCUAAUUCCAGUUCAAUAAGUGUUCUUGUGUCGAAAAAUGUUGAAAAUGCGAUUAAUUGUAUAUGUUUAUCAUAAUUGUUGUUUAUGAAGGUGAUUAAUGAACAUUAGAGCUUCUGUAAAAGCAAAAAUCGAAGGAAUUGAUUCAUUUGUCCAGCAACAAGAAGUUAUAUCCCAGUCAGGGGAACAAGAGGUAGGAGAAGCUUAUUGUAUCAGUAAACAGAUGUAUGUUAAUCAUAAUUGUUGUUUUAUGAAGGAGAUUAAUGAACUAAUAGAGCUUAUGAAAAAGCAAAAAUCCAAGGAAUUGAUUCA